AUGUCUGGAACCACGCAGAAGAGCCCACUGAACAUCGUCAUGGGGGCUAUGACCUUUGGAGAGGUUGGGAAAGAAGGCGCCCGCGUCCACGACUUGAAGGACGUCGAAGAGAUCCUGGACGUCUUCCAGGCUCAUGGCCACUAUGAGAUCGACAGUGCGAGGACGUACACCGGAGGCACGAGCGAAGAGUACCUUGGGAAGAUCAACUGGAAGAAGCGUGGGCUUGUUAUGGACACGAAGCUUUACCCCAAUGUUUCCAACGCUCGCUUGGCAGCAGGUGCCGCGAAUCUGAUCUCUCAUUCGCCAGAGGACUUACGCAAGUAUCUCGAUGUGUCCCUUAAGGCUCUCCAGACCGAUUCUAUCGAAAUGUGGUACCUCCACGGCCCGGACCGGACCACUCCAUACGAGGUCACCAUGAAGGCAAUCAACGACCUCUACAAGGAGGGCAAAUUCAAGCGCUUCGGCAUCUCUAACUACAUGAGCUGGGAGGUGGCAGAGAUGGUCGGCAUCUGCAGGGCAAACGGCUACAUCCAGCCUACCGCCUAUCAGGGCAUCUACAACGCCAUCCACCGCAAGGUCGAGCCCGAGCUCUUCCCAUGCCUCCGCAAGUUCGGAAUCGCGUUCUACGAGUUCAACCCCCUGGGUGGCGGCUUCUUCACUGGUCGCUACCGUUCGAUCCAGGACACUGUCGACCCCGGCUCCCGCUUUGACCCUGAGAAGGGUCAGGGCAAGAACUACCGCACCCGGUACUGGAAUGAAGCCUACUUCGCCGCGCUUGCGAAGAUCGAGGCCACGGCGCAGAAGCACGGGCUGACGCUGGCCGAGGUCGCGCUGCGCUGGAUUUCGCACCACAGCUUGAUGAAACGCGAGUUCGGAGACGCGGUGCUCAUCGGCGCGUCGAGCAAGGCGCACAUCGAGCAGAACCUCGUCGAUCUCGAGAAAGGGCCCCUGCCGGAGGAGAUGGUGCAGGUUUUGGAUGAGGCCUGGCUCGACGUCUCGCCGUACGCUUCGAACUACUUCCACUGA